CAAGCUGCAUGUCAUUGUGAUGGACGAUACAGGGUCCGCUACUUUUGUUCUUUUUGAUCGCCAAGUGACGCAAUUUAUUGGGCGUAAUGUGCAGGACUUAAUCAAUGAACAUGAGAAGGGAGAAGGCACCAAUGAUUAUCCUCCUGAUUUUAAUGUGCUUAUUGAAAAGCAAGUUCUUUUCAAGGUUGAGGUUGAUGAAGGAAAUGUCGUGAAGAAGUAUAGGAAUUAUGCCGUUAAGAAGGCAUCUGACGAUGUUGGUGUCAUCGAACAGUUCAUGUCUAAGUAUAAUUUGGAGAAACCCAACGAUGGAUCUGUUGAAGAACUUAGUGUGAAUGGUGUUGCAGCCAACAAUUAUAAUGUUCAGGAUGUACAAGAGGCUGAAGACUCAUGCAGCAAUACCUGUGUGAUUGGCACACCAACCAGCAAGACAGGUCUUAAGCGGUCCUCUGAUAGCAUUGACUCUGUGGCUGUUGAUCACGGUGAAGCUGGUCAGGCAUCGGUUACAAAACCUAACAGGGAUGUUCGUGUCAAGAUUGAGCCUAAAGACACUAGAGUUGUUUAA